GUUGGCGAAAAGUAUAUAAAGCACGGGGUGUUGUUUACACAGGCAUCAAACAUCAGAGUGUCUAGUUUUUCAAGAUGAACGCAUUGACUGUAGUAACCACCUUCGCAGUUCUCUGCUCCGCCAGCGCCUCCAUCAUUGGCGGACUGGGAGUAGGCUUGGUGGGUCCUGCGGAAGCCGGUGUCGCAAUCCAAGGACCAUCGGCCAAGGCAGCAGUACUGGGACCCGACGGUAGCGCUAUUUCAGGAGCCGCCAUUGGAGGCACUGUUCUGUCACCACCAAAAUUGGGCGGAGCCAUCACCGCCGCCGUCUCACCUGGAAUAGUGGCAGCAGCAGCCCCACUAGCUGUGGCCGCUCCACUCGGCCUUGCCGCCCCAUUAGGUGGUGCCAUUCUUGCCGGACCUUCCGGAACUGUCGCCACAGCCGGUUUGGGUCUUGCUGCUCCACUGGGAUUGGGACUGGGAGGUCUGGGGGUGAAGGUUUUGGGAUAGGAUGUGACCAGUUACCCAGUGCAUCUCUAAGUCAACUGCCUUGUUCAUCUGCCUUUCAUUCGCUCUGUAUUUAUUUUAUCAUUUUUAUUAUUGAACUUGUAUUAAAAGCUAUAAAAAAAUAUAUACCUUACAAGUUA